CCCCGCUUAAUGUAUUUGGUGCUUAUAGCGCCGCGGUUUGUGGGCGUUUCACCAGUUUCAUGUUCAUGGAAAGAAACUCCGACACGUGCUUUACUCCUUAUUAGUCGUGCGUCUCAAUAUUUUUGCUACGUGUGGCCGUGAUCAGCGCCAAUUGAGCUCAGCAGGCAUCAUGUUGCUCAUACUGGAGGACGAGCACAAGCAGCACCUCCAGUUUAUCACCAGCGUCGACGAGCCGGUGGCAAAGGAGUUCUGCAAGAUCGCCAACGAGUUCCUCGUUCGCGGAGUGAACCCCAAAGUGUACCACUCUGCCGCGCAGAAGCUUCAAGUCGACGACGACGUCGUUCAGGGUGCCGUCGAGGGCCUUUCCCAUCUUCUCAGCCAGGCGGCGAAGCUAAAGCUCAGCGAACAACACUUUCGAGAAUCACUGUUGCUGCUGAGCUUUCCCGAGUCUGUGUGCGAAGAGCUUGUGAAACAUCACGUCGAGAACGAGAAGAACGUGCGCAAGUUGCUGUCCGAGAAGUCCAUUCCCUGCUGGAGCUUCUCGCAUCUCCAGUGGAGACUGGAGGCCGAGGUCGCCAGUCGCUGUCUCAAGUCGCACGUUACGCCUCUAGUUACCUUCAAGUUUCAUCUCAAGCAAGGUGAUGGCAGCGAAACCAAAGAAGUGGUGUUGCAGACGGACCCUUUGAACCUGCUGCACAUGGCCGAAUCGCUGGAGGAAGCGCUACAGAGUGCGAAGUCUCUUCACAUGCGAAGAAUAGCGAAGCACGUCAAGUGAUUAUUGAACGCGAUAAAGGCUCGCAACAUCCGGAUCUUUGUCUUACCUGUGUUGUACGAAGCGUUUCUCGCGCAAUAAGAACAAUGUAAUACAAACCCGAAUCAUUUGCUGUGGUACCACAUAAUGGUUCCAACAAAUAUAUUACCGUAUUCCUUGA